AUGUCUUCCCCCGCCGAAUCAGGACAUUCCCCGCAGGGCCAGCCAGGCCCACUGGCAUCCACUCAGACGAACACUGAUGAUGGGCAGGAGCACCAACACAUGCCGGCAGAAGAAACAGAAAGUGCCUCCAACGCCGCGAGGACCACAGCGACCCCCCAGCACGCCUACCGCGAAACCACCGACGGGAGAUACGAGUGCACCUUCCGGAGGCACAACGAUCCGAACCGCUGCGGCCGAACCUACCGCGAGCUGAGCAUGCUGCAGGCGCACUACCGGCAUACCCACGAUAAAUUCGUAGACUCCAGCCGGUGCACCAUCUGCGGGGCUCUCUACCCCAGCGUCCGGGACAUGCGCUGGCACCAGAAUGCGAGCUGUGCGGUGGAUCUGACGCGCACGGUGGUGGCGAAGGCGCCGCCGCUGCGCCUGCGCCCGUGUCCCGUCUGUCGGGUGAAUCGCAUGGCUGGGCUGACGUGGGUGAGUCAUAUGAAUGAGCAGCAUGCGAUGGGGCGGAAAGGGGCCGUCUGCCCCUUCCAGGAGUGUGGGCCGCGGGUGGAGACCUGGGAGGACAUGGAAAUGCAUUUGGAGGAGGUGCAUGAAACAGGUGCGGUGAGUCUGAGUCCAUCGGUCCAGACAUAUAUUGAGAGACAGGGGAGGAGGGAGGUUGAGAUCCUAUCGGUGGAUGGGAAUGAGCAGCUGGAUGAGAAGCAGAAGCGGAAGAAGCGGAAGCUUGCUUAG